AACCACUGUAAUGAAAUGUGGAAGAAAAAUUAUUCAAGAUGAAGCCUGUACGCAAUAGACCACGUGACGCGUCAUCAGACCAUUAACCGUGAUCGGGAUAGCCCGUGGAACUCUGGUGAACUACGGUUCGCGUUAGCCCCGGUUGAGCGAGUUAACCGCGGUUGAGCUGCCCGUGUAACUAGGGUAUAAGUGUCCAUUUCGUCUGCUGCUGAAGGUGUCGGCCUUCUUCUGACGCGUACCCCAGGCCAGCAGAGACGAAAUGAACAUGUCCACUAGGAGUACACUUACAUACCCCCAUCCAGUUACGUAUAAGAGUACACAACGCCGUUUGACGCUAAACAAAAAACGAAAAAAAAAAGAAAGGACACAUCUGAAGUGCUUUCAGCGUGCAUACUUACAAGCCACGCAGUUAAUCUCUCUUGUUUUUGCUGCGAUGCAUAAAACAAUAUGAUCCGAUAAGGCCUCUCAUCUUCGAGUUACAAGGACAUUGUUUUCCCGUUCGUGUUGUCGGAGGGGGACAAAACGAGGGAGGGCUGCGAUAACAACAGCGCAAUGCAAUGGACGUCCUCGCCCAGAACAAGAGAUUUCGAGGCAAUCUAGCAAACAGCUGCGUGCGCCGAGAUAUCAUGCAAGGCAGUCUGGCCUAUACUUCGAGGAGAGAUGGCCGGGGACCUCAAGGAACUCGUGCACAACGUUGUCGAGGCAAACUCGCAGGACCUGUGGGAAUUGAGUCGCUUCGUCUGGGAGCACCCGGAACUAGCAUUCAACGAGGUGCAAUGCCACGACUGGCUCACGGACUUUCUGGAACGACGCGGCUUCAACGUGACUCGGCGUUACCUCCUGGACACGGCCUUCAAGGCGGAGUUCGAAGCUCCCGGUGGCACCGAAGGACCUUGCGUGGCCUUGCUGUGUGAGUACGACGCCCUACCCGAUAUCGGUCACGCCUGCGGCCACAACCUGAUCGCCGAGGCAGCCGUGGGCGCUGCGCUUGCUGUGUGCGAGGCCAUGAAGAACCACAAGGACAUACGCGGCAAAGUGGUCGUACUGGGCACGCCAGCGGAGGAAAACCGCUGUGGCAAGGAGCUGCUGAUACGAAAGGGCGCCCUGGAGGGAGUCGAUGCGGCUCUCAUGGCCCACCCAGCUCCGGAUGACAUCGUGGCAAUCGGCUUCGCUGCGUCGCAGCAGCUGUCACUCCGCUUCAGAGGCAAAACAGCCCAUGCCGGAGCGCGGCCGUGGGAGGGACUGAGCGCCCUGGACGCUGCCGUCGCUGCGUACGUCAACGUCAGCCUCCUACGACUGCAGCUGAAGCCGACCACCAGAAUUCACGGCGUCAUCACCGAGGGCGGCAAGUCCCCGAACGUGAUUCCCGAGGAGACGGAGAUGCGCUUCACCGUUCGGGCUUCGACUGCCGAGGAACUGGCCCAGCUCUUGCGGAAGGUGGAGGCCUGCUUCAGAGCGGCGGCCGACGCCACGGGCUGCUCCCUGGACGUGGAGAAGAGGCUGCCGUACAUGAACGUCGUGCACAAUGCCGCUAUCGCGGAAACCUACCGGAAGCACGCCCACGCGUUCGGUGUGUCCUUCCUGGACGACGUCGUGAAGAACCUGCCGCCUACGGGGGGAGGCACGGACUGCGGCAACGUGUCGUACCGAGUGCCCGCCAUCCACCCGGUGUUCGCCGUUCCCGCCGCCAAGGGAUCGGCGAACCACACGCGAGGGUUCGCCGCCGUUGCCAACGCCGCGGACUCCCAGCCUCCCACGUUGACGGUGGCCAAGGUCCUGGCACUGACGGCGCUCGAUCUGCUCGCGGACGCCGAGCUGCUGCGCGAAGCGAAGCGGGAGUUUUCCGCACUGCGACUACCGUCGGAGGAGGAGCUGCAAUCUGCACAGUCAUGAAAUCAGAUUUUCAGCCGCUACGCACACGUUUUAACGUUUUAAGCUGGAUUCGCACCAUGGGACGAUCCGCUGGCUCAAACUUUGCUGACGAGCGUGGCAAAAUGGCUGAGCGGCGGCGAGCGUACCUGGAUUCUGCUUGAUUUGGUGGUCCUGAGCCACGUCAUGCUCCACCGCGGAGCGGUUUGGCAAUUCAGCCAGUCGUGCCACGGUCGUACUGCAGCUCAUGCGCAGUGGCCUGCUAGUAGGUGUGCGUAUGGCCUGCUC